CCUUUGAAAAGCUUCGCGCCGGGAGCGUCCGUGGAGAAAUCAGUAAGCCUCCUUGUACGGGUCUGGUUUCGGUCUUUACUCCUGCGCCUCACCGGGGAGGGGCAGAGCUCCUCGCGUCUGCGGGAGGAUAACGCGCGUAUCGGGCCUGGGUUCUAGAGACGGAACCCUGAGUACGGAUUCGGCCGUGGACGGGUCGGGAACUCCGGCUAGGGCCUGUCCUGGAUUGUUUGUCGCCCCCUUUGACCCCUUUGCCCGCAGAGAGUCGGGAAGAGGGGUCAUUCCCCCCAACUUCCAGCUGUUCUCGCCGCCUGCUGCUCCAGCGUCGUAACUGGGCUUUCAGCUCUUGGUCUCUCCCCGCGGCCUCUGUUUCUAAAACAUUCAUCUCAUCACACCUGAAGCUCUCUUUGCAUUAGGCAACGAUUUUGGAAACUUAGGAAAAGCAUCAUGGAACUCCUUUUACAAGUAGAAUUGUACAAGGGAUCCCAGCUAAAAGAAAUGAAAUAAUUAUUAUAAAAGUUUGACUCUUGAUGAAUUCUGAUUUGAAAUUGGGAUUGGAUGAAGGUGCGGUAUUUUGCUUUAGUGCACAGGACUGAGAAUAUCUUGGUUUGCAUGGACUAGUAUUUGCAAACAGUAACUUACUCAGCUUUCUCAGGAUGCAAUGUCAGCAUACUUUUCAAUUAAACUGAACCAGACGCUUGAAAGGAGGAAUCUGGAAACUGUUCUCCACAAAGAACCCCAUUAGUUUGGAACUGCAGGAUUCCUUUGCAUCAGAUGCCGAAAUGAAAGAACCACCUUUAGGUGAUGAAUGUGACAAAGCAAUAACACCACAGCUGGGGCGGCUAGAUGAAAUUAAGACAGAACCUGACAAUGCUCAAGAGUAUUGUCAAGUCCAACAGCCCAAAACUCAGGAGAAUGAUCUGAAAAUAAACACUACGUUUUCAGACAGUGAUUCACAGUUGACUGAAGGCCUUCAGCUUUCUCUGGCAUCACCUUGCUUGAAUAAAAUACUUCCUUCAGUUUCAACCACAGCCAAUCAGCUUUCCUGUUCUGGUUGUAAAAAAAUUCUCCAUAAGGGGCAAACUGCUUAUCAGAGGAAAGGGUCUGCUCAGUUCUUCUGCUCCAUACCAUGCAUCACUGAGUAUAUUUCAUCUGCCAAUUCACCAGCUCCUACCAAGAGAACUUGUUCAAAUUGCUCAAAAGACAUUUUAAAUCUAAAGGAUGUGAUCCGUGUCCGGCUAGAAGAUACCUCCAGCAAAAAUUUUUGCAGCCAAUCUUGUCUUUUAUCGUAUGAAGAAAAAAGAAAACCAUUUGUUAACAUAUGUACUAAUAGCAUUUUGACCAAGUGCAGCAUGUGUCAGAAGACUACUGUUAUUCAGUUUGAAGUAAAAUACCAGAAUGUGAAACAUAGUCUUUGCAGUCAUGCCUGCUUUUCCAAGUUUCAUUCUGCUAACAACCUCGUCAUGAACUGUUGUGACAACUGUGGAGCUUACUGUUACACCAGCUCUAGUCUGUUUCACAUACAUCUAAUGGAAGGACUGUCUUAUUACUUUAAUAGUUCAAAGAAUAUUAUAGCAUAUAAGCAGAAACCAGCCAAAACACUUACAUCUGUUACUUGCAAAUCAUUGAAGUCCUCAGAUGAAAUGCUUGAGAUUGCCAGUGACUUGAGAAAGACAGGGCUUUUCUGCUCUAUUAAUUGUUUCUCUGCAUACAAUAAAGCUAAGAUGGAAUCUUCUACAGUAAAUGUUUCCAGAGUGCAUGAUGCUUUAAGAGAGCUCCUUUCUCCAAAGAAAGAUACAACUCCAGUUAUAAGCAAUAUAGUAUCAUUGGCAGACACUCAUGAUGCCCUGCCUAUCAUGGACACUGAUGUCUUACAAGGUACAGUUUCUACAUUAAUGGCAAAUGUCAUUGUGGAUAUUUCUAAGAGUUCACCCAGUGAAUCAAGUAGUGGUGUUGCUGAUAGGAGUAGUAUGGAAGAGCCAAGCCUUUCGCCGUCUUCAUCAAUACUCAGUCAGCAUACAAUUGGUUCCAAUAUAGAAGCACAAAAAAAUAACAUGUCAAACCAGGAUCCUGUGUACAAUGUGAAAUCUGUGAAAAUAAACGAUGGACUCUGUCACCCAAAAUUUACAUCCAAAGUACAAAAAGUUAAAGAUAAAUCACGAAAUAUUAAAAAAUCUUGGUGUUCAAAUUUUCAGCAUUCGGGAAACAGUAUUAGAAAAGAUAUGAUGUUCUGUUAUUCGUGCCAGUUGUUCUGCCAGAAAAAUUUUAGCUAUGGAGGAACCCAGAUUAGAAAUUGGAAGAAAACUCUGCAAAAUUUCAGAAAGCAUGAAAAAAGUGAAAUGCAUUUGAAAUCAUUGCAGUUUUGGAGGGAAUACCAGUUUUGUGAGGAAGCUGUCAAUGAAAAUUUGUCCAUUCAUUCAAAACAGAUUGAGGGAAAUAAAAAAUACCUAAAGCUUAUAAUUGAAAAUAUUUUAUUUCUUGGAAAGCAAUGUUUACUCUUAAGAGGAAACGACCAGUCUAUUUCAUCUGUGAAUAAAGGAAAUUUUUUAGAAUUGUUAGAAAUCAGAGCAAAAGAUAAAGGAGAAGAAAUAUUUCGACUUAUGAAUUCACAAGUUGACUUCUACAAUAGUACACAAAUUCAAAAUGAUAUUAUUGAAAUAAUAAAGACUGAAAUGUUGCAGGAUAUUGUGAAUGAAAUCAAUGAUUCCUCAGCCUUUUCAAUAAUAUGUGGUGAGACAACUGAUAGUGCCACUAAAGAACAGCUUUCAAUUUGUGUAAGAUACCCACAAAAAACAUCAAAGGCUAUCUUAAUUAAAGAAAGAUUCUUGGGUUUUGUUGAUAUUGAAGAGAGGACUGGGACCCACUUACAUAGGACUAUUAAAACUUAUCUGCAGCAAAUUGGAGUAGAUUUGAGUAAAAUAUAUGGACAGGCCUAUGAUAGUACCACUAAUUUGAGGGUAAAAUUUAAUAAAGUUGCAGCAGAAUUCAAGAAGGAAGAGCCAAGAGCUUUAUAUAUACAUUGUUAUGCACAUUUCUUAGAUUUAGCAGUAAUUAGGUUUUGCAAAGAAGUAAAAGAACUCCGAAGUGCUCUGAAUACUCUUAAUUCUUUGUUCAACACUAUUCAUAUGUCUGGGGAAUUGUUGGCAAAUUUUCAAAACAUUUGUAAGCUGAGGCAAAACAAAACAUGCAGGAAACAUACAUCACAAUCAUGUUGGACAGUCCAUGAUCAUAUGUUACUAUCUGUGAUUGACAGUCUUCCAGAGAUUAUUGAAACACUGGAAGUUAUAUCAAGCCAUUCUUCAAACACAAGCUUGGCUGAUGAAUUGAGUGAUUUGUUGACAUUAGUUUCCAAAUUUGAAUUUAUUUUUUGUUUGAAAUUUCUUUAUCGAGUGCUUAGUGUUACAGGAAUUCUUUCCAAAGAGCUUCAGAGUGAAACCAUAGACAUUUUUUCUUUGUCUUCAAAAAUAGAAGCAAUUUUAGAAUGUUUAUCAUCUGAAAGAAAUGAUGUGUACUUCAAAACUGUCUGGGAUGGAGCAGAGGAAAUAUGUCAAAAAAUAACCUUUAAAGGUUUCGAAGUUGAAAAACCUUCUCUUCAGAAAAGAAGAAAAAUUCAGAAAACAAUAGAUCUGGGCAAUUCAGAUAGUACGUUUUUUCCUACAUCAACAGAAGAACAGUAUAAAAUUAGAAUUUAUUACCAAGGAUUAGAUGCUAUAUUACAGAAUUUAAAAUUAUGUUUUUCAGAGUUUGAUUAUUGCAUAAUGAAACAAAUUUCAGAACUGUUGUUUAAAUGGAAUGAACCAUUAAAUGAAGCAACAGCCAAACAUAUUCAAGAAUUUUAUAAACUUGAAGCAGACAUUGUCCCAGAACUUAGAUUUUAUCGGCAGUAUGCCAAGCUCAACUUUGUCAUAGAUUAUGAUUGCAUUAACUUUAUCAAUCUUGGCUAUUUGUUUAUUCAGCAUGGUCUGCACAAUAAUAUUCCUUGCAUUUCAAAGUUAUUGUAUAUUGCUUUGUCUUGGCCAUUUACUUCAGCAAGUGCUGAAAAUUCAUUUUCUAUACUGCCUCGUCUUAAAACAUAUUUAUGUCAUACCAUGGGACAAGAGAAGCUUAGUGGCCUGGCCCUAAUGGCUGUGGAGCAGGAAUUGGCAAAUAAACUGAUGGAGCCUGAAAGACUCGAUGGAAUUCUGGAAAAGUUUAUCAAUCGGGUGAAAGAAAUAUAAUACUUGCUAAUUUGAACUUGCCUAAAAGAAUUUUUUAUUUCUAUUGGAAUUUUUAUUUCAAAAUUAUGUCUCUUAAGAAAAACUUUUUUUCAACAGAACAUAUAACAUGGUUCGGAAUUCAAAAGACAGAAUGAUAUACAAGUGAAAAGUCUCCUUCGUCCUUUAGUACUCAGUUCCUCCUUCCUGAAGUGUUAUUUGUUCCUUAAAUAUCUUUCUAGAGAUAUUUUCCAUAAGUGGUACUGUACAGUACACUUCUUCAGCUUGUCCUUUUUAUAUAAUGUGAU